AUUAUUGUUACAUUUACAAGUCGAACCUGCGUUUCAGUUGACAAAACUUUUAACACUUCCUUGUGAUUAUGACGCGUAUAUUUUUCAGCCAUGAUCUGCCGUCAUGAAGCGUCGCUGCCUUAUAAAAAAUAGUCUGUUGUUAGAAAUUUUCUUCAUGUAUCACACAAGUUGCAAGGUAUAAUUUUGUCUACAUGUCCUUCGAAUGAUAUCAUACUUACCUGCAGAUAUUAGAUAUUAAUAAAAUUGAAUUUUAACGAAUUCAUUUGUUUGACGACAAAAAUUUCUCAAUAACCUGCCAAAAUUCGUAAGUCAUGUCACCACUAAUAAAAAAUGACAAAUUAAUUAAACAUAUACCGUAUUCAGGCAUAGAAGUAGCGUAAAAAAAUUAACAACGUAAAAAUCACUUGAAAUUAGCAGAAAUGUUGCCGUUAUUUUUUCGCCCUGUUCCAAGCAAUGAAUCAAAAGGUUCGAAAGAUGCUUUUACUGAAACUGAGGUCCAGGAAUACAAAGAUUCGCUUAAAACGAAGGCGGAACAAUUGAUCAUAAAAGGCUUUCCUGAGAAGAUAAUGAAGCUUAAUGAGCUUUUGGAAACACCGAGCUUCUGCAACCGUGAACUUUCCGAUGUACAUCAGGAUUUGAAUGUCCCUAUCCCAGAUCCAAUUUCGCUUAAUCAUUCCGACGAUGGACCAGCAACAAAAAAACUGAAGCUGGAGAACAAUUUGAACGAUAUUGAGGCCAGCGGUACCAAAGUUAUGGUUCUCCCCAGCGGACCCGUACCAUGUAACAAACCACUCUGUGAACUGAUUCGUAUUGCCAAGCCGUACAUCAGGCAACUUGUCGAGGAUUCCAACCUUCUGAAAAUGUGGAUUUCGUUUAUGAUUCCAAAAAUUGAAGAUGGAAACAAUUUUGGUGUCUCAAUCCAGGAAGACACUUUAGCUGAAAUCCAAUCAGUUGAAAGCGAAGCUGCAGCAUUCUUUGAUCAAAUUUCGAGGUACUUCAUAUCAAGAGGUAAAAUUGUAAGUAAAGUAGCCAAAUAUCCACACAUCAUUGACUACAGGCGCUCGGUUCAAGAAUUGGACGAAAAGGAAUACCUCAGCUUAUGGCUGGUGAUGUGUGAAGUUCGUAACCGUUACUGUUCGUUACACGACAUAGUUAUAAAAAAUCUUGAGAAGAUAAAGCGGCCUCGAUCGACAAACGCUGAAUCCUUGUAUUAAGGAAAAAUCAACAUCGCCCUCACAUAUGAGUGCAAACUUUAUUCUAAUUUAAACCUCAGAGAGUAUGAUGUGGUAAAAAAUGAUGAACGAUAAAACUAAGAAAUCUUGCUUUUCAAUGAAAUCAGAAUUACGUUACAAACAUCUUACCACUACCACCACUACUUGAACCCUUUCAUUAUUGUAAUGUGUUCUAAAUCUUAAAAAAAAAAAACAAAAAAAAAAACUGUUUUCGCCAUGUAUGGGUUGUAGGAUCUGAACAUGUUUUAAUUUGAACUAGGUUCCAUCCAC